AUGCCUUCUCGCUGCGUCGUAUACGGCUGUUCCAACCUCCCAGACCCCGAGAAAGGUAUUAGUCUUCAUAAGAUACCGUUCUAUAACGAUUCAAGACCGGAGGCUAUAAAAAGACGAAAGGUCUGGGUAGAUUUUGUGAAGAGCAAACGUGCGAAGUGGGAGCCAGGCAGUGGAAGCCAUGUAUGCUCUAAGCAUUUUAAAGCGGACGCUUUUGACAAAAUAUUGAAUUUGCCCGGACAAGCGAAUACGUUUCGACAAAAGCUAAGAAAGGAUGACCUAGGAAUUGUAUCGUUUCCAUCUAUAUUUCGUACGGAUGCGACGGAAAAACAAGUUUCAGGCAGAGCAGCCAGAGCAAUCAAACGCAAGGUGAGUAAAUAAUAGACCCAUUUAUCAAUGAACUCUUUGUUUAUAUUUUUACUUCACGCCCUUCAAUAACUUAUUCUCUUAUAAUAUUUUCAGUAUGCAUCUGGGAAUGAACCAAUCAGCCCUCAAGAACCAGGAUGUUCAUCGGAUUAUGUUGAACCUGAAGCAGAAAUGGACUUAGCUAUAGAAAUACCGAAUAUCAAUAUCGAGCGUCAUGUAAGUAGCAAAUUAGCAUUAUUUCGCGUCGUGGUCACUUCAAUAUGUAUAUUCACGUUGAAGACUACAAUAUUUGACUAUUUAUAAUAAAAGUGCACUGUUUUAAACUAAGGUGUUACAAAAUAUUUUAUCUGUAUAUUUCUAAUUUUUUAAAACUAUAUUAGGAUAUAGAGCAGCCGGAUCGAGAGAAAUUCACACAAACAGACAUUCCAAUGGCUGGUACGGAUUGCAAUUACUGUCUGGAAUUACAAGAGAGGAACCGAAUUCUUCGCAAUCAAGUCAUAGACUUAAAACAAAGACUAGCUAAAGAGAAGUCCAUUGUGAAAGAUUUACAAUCCAGUAAGUAGUGUUAUUUUGUGUAUACUGUGAAAAUUUAUACCAUAUUUUAUAUGACCGACCUCAGUUGUAAAAUUAUUUCAGAGCUGUUGAGCAAGUAUUUGCAAUACGAAUACACAUUUAAUAGGAAGUAUAUUAUCGCACUAUUUCUGUAAUAGCUAGUUGUUGAACUAUUACAAACAAGGACAGAGAUUAGUUAGCUUAUUAUCAAAUUGAAAACAUAAGCCUCAGUUGCCCAAUAUAAGCAUAUUUUUAUGGGUAUCAUAUGAUUUCAUGAUUUUAUAUAUAAUUUUAUCUUGUAUUUUUCAAUCAGACCUUCAAAUUCCUGUGGAAACUGUGCCAUCUAGUGACACCGAAGCAGCCAUAUCAUCCGAAGAUAUUAGCAGUAUGGCUAGUGAACAAAGUGAAGAAGGUGGUGUGUCAACUGAUCCAAACACUGAAUCAGAUGAUGCAAUUCAAUGGGAUGAUUUAACAGAGACAGAGGACUCAGAUGAAAGUGAUAAUGAUGAACAAAGGAGGUAAAAUUAGUCAAGUAUUUAAGAUGCCAACCACAUGUGGAUACUGUAAAUAUUUAGUAUCAUUAAUGAUUGGUUAAUCAACACAAGUGUAUUUAUAAAUUUCAGAGAAUAUACAAAGGAUAACAACCUGAGGACAGAACCAAAGUACAUCGUGUUUCUGUCGCAGCUGAUGCUCCUUUUUCAGUUUUGUCCAUCCUGCAAAAGUGCCAAUCCUCUAGUUGAGACUAGCCAACAUGGGACAAAGCUUAUUGUGUAUACUCACUGUGGUAAUCCCAACUGUAAGCAAAGUGAUUCUGUGUGGCGCAGUCAACCUAACAUGGAGGGUACCAAAAUUGCAGCAGGGAACUUUCUGUUAAGUUUUGCGACUUUAGUGGCUGGUGCAUCAAUCAGUAAAGUUCAACGUGUCCUUAGGCAUAUGGGAGUGGCAUGCAUUUCACUAAGCACUUUCUUCAGGCUUCAGAAGGUGAGUUGGUCCUACAAACAGGACUAGACCUUUUAACACAUUAAGUCGAAUUGCGCCCUCAUACAAAAAGAUCUGUUAUUCUGAACAUUGGUCUUAGUAGUGCAACAAGUGAACCUUAAUGAGAAUGAGUUUUUUCUGUGAGUGACAACUGAUGAUUACAUGACAACUAAUGGCCAAUGUUGCUUUUAGUGUGCCAUAUUGGCUAAUUAUUCUGUUAUAUCCGGGCUUAAAAGUUAAAAUCUGAAUUUUCAAUCAGUAUCCCAGUAUCCACUUGAAAUAUGGUAUCCACCCAGGAAAUCUAGUAUCCCACAUUUGGAUAUUAGAUAAUUCUAGUAUUGUGAGCAGAUGAAAUAGCAAAAACACAGCAAUUUGAUAAUAUAAUUACUGUAAAAUGUAAUAGGUCGAGAUUAGCGGAUAUUGGGAUACUGCAAAUUUAAGCCAAUUGAUUAUAUGUUCUCAUCAUUUGUCAAACAGAUCAGUUCCCUUGAAUGGUGAUUCAUACAACAUAUUGUUUUUCAUAAACUGUUUUAGAAUAAGCUGUUUCCAGCCAUUUCACUGCACUGGAAAAACUACCAAAGCCAGCUUGUCGACAAACUUAAAGAAAACAAAGAACCACUGGUUAUGGCAGGAGAUGGAAGGCACGAUAGCAUGGGGCAUAGUGCAAAGUAUUGUGCUUACACAAUAUUCUGCUGCACAUCUCCAUGUAUAUUACACUUCAAUUUAGUGCAGGUCCGAAAAUAAAUAUUUCUUGUUUCCAUUUGGGUUUUUUUCAUAACAUAAUUUCAAUGUUUUGUGUCUACAUUAGAGGAAUGAAGCAGGAAGUAGUCAGGCAAUGGAGUAUAUGGCAUUCCAGCAUUGUAUGGAAUACAUCAAUAAUUGUGGAAUAACAUAUGACACUCUUGUCACUGACCGCCAUACUUCCAUAGCGAAACAUAUGAGAGAAAAGCUUAAAGAAGUGAAGCACUACUUUGACCUUUGGCACUUGAGAAAAAGUAUGUUGCAAAAUAGGUUAAUUAUCUUUUUACUCGCCCCAUGUACAGUAAUCCAGAAUCUUUAAUAGCUUUGCAAACCAGAAUCCAAACAUCGGAGGAAUCAUUAUCCUCGGCCAAUUUCCUGGAAUCCAGAAUCCACACCAUUCUGGAAUCCAAAAUUCAAGUACUGGAAUCCAGAAUCCAAAGAUCGGAAUCCAGAUUAGAAUCCAAUGAGUGCAUGGAUUACCUUACAUGGGGUGAUUCUACGUACUGUACCUUCUCAGUAGUUAAUUGAUACUUGUGAUAAAUUUAAUGUCAUUUAUUAAUUAUAGAAAUUCGAAAAGUGCUAUCAAAAAUUGCAAAAGAAAAUGACUGUGAGGAGGUCCAAUCUUGGAUCCGCCCCUGUGAGAACCAUCUAUCCUGGAGUGCUACCUCAACUUCAUCUGGUGAUGGAAGAGUCAUAUUGGCUAAAUUUGUGUCCUUUCUUGGCCAUAUUGUUGACAAACAUGAAAACCUUGAUGACCCUAUUUUCGACAGGUGUGCACAUGGUGACAUUGAACACAGGGAAUGGCUUAAUGACAGUAAGUAAUUGUUCUGAUAAUAUUGAUAAUAUCUGGCUUUGUGUAAACUAUUUAAGUGCACAUUUUGGUUGCACCACAUUGCCUGUUUGCAUUCUGUCAUAAAAAAGGUAUUUGUUAAGAUACAGACUGCCACCACAGAGUGUUAACAUUAUAAAAACAAAAAUAUAAUUUGUGUAUAUUUUAGAAUCUGUUGUGUAUGAGAAAGUGUGCAAGGCAUUGAAAAACAAGAGGUUAAAGAAAGGAAUCCAGAAAGCAUCUCCCUUAUCCCAAACAAGCUGUGUUGAGGGGUUUCACUCAGUGUUGAACCAGUUUGCACCAAAGAUGAUUGCUUAUUCCUAUCCUGGCAUGUAUAUUAGGUAAUUGUGCAUAUAUAUCAUAUUCACACAUAGAAAGUUAUUGCAGUUAUGCAGGGGGGGGGGACUUUGCCCCAGGCUCCCAAGUGGUGAGAAAACCAAAUAAAUCUUUAGUUCACAUUUUAACCCAUUUAGCGCCAGCGCUCUCCCCUUGACAAGUAAAAUCGUCUGGUGUUAGACAGAGUAAAAUACUAAAGUAGGGUGCAUUGCAAUAAAUAUACACACUUGACUUUCUUAAUAAUAGGCACAUUAUUGCAGCAGUCCACUUCAACCAUAACCUGAACAGGAAAGUGGUGACAAAUCCAGAUGGUUCAGAGCAGCUUGUAGUGGUUUACCCCAAAUUCAAAAAUGGUGAAGCUACUGUCAGGGAUGUAAAAGUUGCUGCAAACUUUUGUAAGUAUGUGGUUCUGGAGGUCAUAUUUUUAAUUGAUGAAAGGAGCGCAUUUAUACUCAAAUUACAAAAGUUUUUUACAGCUGGGUAGAAUUUUUUAUGUACAGUAAUCCAGAUAAUUUUAUGAGCGAAUAGCAGUAAAUACUUUGAAAUCAACAGUUUAGAUAUAUAUAAUAAAUUACAUUCUCUGAUCAGGCUAUGUCGAAGAGAUGUAUCAAACCUUCCUGGAUGCUCAAAGGAAAGGUGACCUUGAUGAAGAGAAGGACAAAUUGAAGAAGAUGACUCCUGAGCCAAUGAACACAAUGCUGACCAAGCAACCACGAGAUGAGGCGAUAAAGAAAAGAAAGGAUAGGAGAGCUAUGGUUGUGGAAGAUGUCCCUCCUACAUCAACAGGUUUGAAAAAUAAAUAUACAGUAUAUUGCACACAUCUUGUUAUAUAUAAACAAACUUUUAUUAUUAUAACACAUAUGUAAAUCAUUUAAUGUUUUCUUCACUUAUUUAGUAUCUCAAGUUGAGGCAACCACAGAAGCACCAGGUCAACGGGCAAAACCUCAUUGCAGUUUGUGUCACCAUCCCAUGAAGGGCCACAAAAAUGUAGUUGAUUGCCCACGGAAUCAACAAAACCCAAACUAA